AUGAACAGCACGGGGUUCAACCAGACUGAGGGCGGACUAUACAACAAGACGGAGGAGUUAUUUUGCUGCAACUUUUCAUCCGUGGUGACCGAUAACGGCUUCGUGGCCGCCUCUCCGGAUGAGAGGAGCCUCUUUAUCAUGAGGGUGGUCCAGAUCGCGGUCAUGUGCGUUUUGUCCCUCACCGUGGUGUUUGGCAUCUUCUUCUUGGGCUGCAACCUUCUCAUAAAGUCGGAGGGGAUGAUCAACUUUUUGGUGACGGACAGGAGACCGUCUAAAGAAACGGAGGCUGUGAUUGUGGGAGCCUACUGA